AUUUCAGCCAGUUUGCAUUUAAUGGAAGGAGACGGUUACAUGUACAUGUCUAUAAUAGAAAGCUACUCUUCGGUUCAUAUACAUCAUAAUGCGGAAUUCUUCAUCAGUACCACCAAAAGAUCAAGGUAAAUCAAACAUCCUUUCUGGAACAACACAGAGUGGGAAAACAUUACAGAGUAAGAGUCAGUUUAGGACUAUUGCACCAAAAGUUGUGCCUAAAGUCCUACCAUCCAGAGUGCUACCCUGCCCUUCCUCGAUUUCUGACCAAGGGAGUCUGACUCUAAUGCCCAAGCCUCUGGGCAUGCCCACCCAAAACUAUGCUUUGAUGCAGGUGGCUGGCCAAGAGGGGACGUUUUCUCUUGUUGCUUUACCAAAUGUUGCCUCAGCCCAGCCAGUUCAGAAGCCCAGAAUGUCCACACAUGAAAACCUUAAACUGCCUAUUCCUCGAUACCAACCACCAAGUAGCAAAGGAUUAAGAAAGAAAAAGGACCUGAGCUCUCCCAAGAGUGGCUCCAGUGACCCUCCUGGCCCAGCCCAGCUAUGUCAUUUGACCCCUUCCCCACAAGCCUAUCCUGAGCUGCAUCACAAACCUAGCCUGUGGAAGCAAAUGCCAACUUUAAACCCUUCUCCCACCAACAUCAACACAGCUACACUGACCAGUGGUGUUGGCCAAGGAGCUUUGAGUCCUCUAGUGACCAACAGCUGUGGCGAUCUGGAGCUUCCUGCCAUGCCAGCAUAUACUACAGCGGACUCUUCCUUCCAACAGGGCCUCCCAGCAAGUAUGCAGAAGGCAGGUUGUGCCAGGAAGGAGGUGUCCACUACUCCUGCUGUUGCUAGUGAAGAACUCAAAGAACAGGUAGCUCCUGAACACACUGACUUGAACAGUGCAAUUCAGUUGGUCUCUGUAGUACCCAAGGGGAAACUGCCCAUCCUGCCCUUCCCGAGAGUGAAAACCACAGAGGUGGGCAAAGUGGACUCAGAUGCUGAUAAUGCAGAACUGUCUUCAUCUGGAUGCAGAGCAAACUGUGAUGAGAGACUGUCCAUCACAGAAGGCUGUGAUGCAGCCACAGAGAUGGCCAGCAAGGUAGCUGCUUUGCGUGGGUCUAAGCAGAGUGCAUGUGAAAGUGCCUUCUGUCCUGUCACCAAGUUAGAUCUCAGCCACAAGGCAAAACCCAGCAGUGGAAUGAAGAGAAGAGGAAGAAAAUGGAAAGUGCCAGACGAGAUUUUAGCAUUGCAGGGCAAAAGGAGGAAAUGCAUUAUUGGUAUGUGUGGAGAUGGCAUAGAAAGGGCAAGAAACAGUCCCCAAGAACCCAGAGACCAGAACCCCAGUGUUGCUUCAAGAAAAUAUCGUAACAUCAUGCCCAAGCCUGUCAUGGUCCUGUCUGCUUUGGCACCCCUGGUAUCUCAUACAGCUGUGCAUUCUCAGGCUCCCAGCAGCCUAGGCCAAGAUGUUCUGAAUAAUGCCCUGCCUUCUAAAUGUCUUGGCUCCAAGCAAAGUGACAGCCUUGCCCCUAAGCCCAGCUCUGUACUCAGAAAUGGAUUCUCUGGCAUUAAAAAGCCCUGGCACAUGUGUCCAGUCUGCAACUACCACUUUCAAUUCAAACACCACCUUCUAGACCACAUGAAUACACACACCAACAGACGGCCUUACAGUUGUGGGAUCUGUCGAAAGACCUAUGUGCGCCCCGGCAGCCUGAGCGCACAUAUGAAACUUCACCAUGGUGACAACCACCCCAAGAAACUAGUGUGCUGUGAAUUUUGUGCCAAAGUAUUUGGUCAUGUCCGAGUCUAUUUCGGCCAUCUGAAGGAGGUGCACAGGGUUGUGAUCAGCACAGAGCCCUCCCCCGGUGAACUGCAGCCAGGAGACACACCAAAACCCAAGAACAGAGACCCCGGUGUUCAAGGGCCUGACGACUCUCUGGAGAGGGAAACCAAGUCAAGUUUGGAAGAAGAUUUUCUUCUAAACCAGGCAGACGAAGUCAAAUUGCAAAUCAGAUGUGGCCGUUGUCAGAUCACUGCUCAGUCUUUUGCUGAAAUAAAGUUUCAUUUGCUUCAUGUUCAUGGAGAGGAAAUUCAAGGCCGGCUGCAAGAGAUGAUCCUACCAGGCAGCAGAUCGGAUGCUCCCCACCAGAAGCAGCACACAGAGAGAAGGAAGCAGAUGAAGCCGUAUGCCUCUGUGGAGGACUCUCCAGCAUUCCCUAGAGUGAAAAGACAGCCAGCCCCUCAUCAGAGCAGAGAGCAAGCCCUGGUAGGAAGUGAAGGUGGCCAGUGGGGAAUGACUGGCCCACAGCAUCCUGCCAAGCUUCUCUGGUCCCACGCAGGCUUUAACUGCCUGCUCUGUGCUCAGAUGCUUGGGAGAAAGGAGGACCUGCUUCUUCACUGGGUACACAAGCACAACUGUGAGGACCCCACCAGACUCUGGGCUCUCCUGGGGACGUUCUCUAAGCAGGGUGCUACUGAGCUCCACAGUGAAGCAAGGCUAUGAUGCUAAGGCCAUCCAGCCCAAGAGAUGCUGCACUGCCUUUCUCAUUGUCUGUGCUGUUAGGAUUUAGUUACAAGGAUCCCGUACGCCAGGACCAGGACCAGUGUACAGAGCAAAUGUUUGUGCAUAGUUUUAUUUUCUUAAGAAAUAAAAUAAGUGCCCUGGAUGCAUUUUUCUAACAUAUGUAGUCUCACUUUAAAAUUCCAUGCAUUCUCUAAUAUCAUAGACUUUAUUUAAUAAUAAAUAAAAAGAUGAUGAAAAUUAGGAAAUUGAAAUGUAGAGAAAAUUGUUGUUCUCAAUUGCAAGCUUUUGAGUAUGAGUGUGUAUGUAUUUGUUUUCUUUCUGUGUGUGUGUGAUAGAGA